AAGAGAACAAGAAGAAGAAAGGGAAGGAGGAGGAGGAGGAGGAAAAGAGUCAGGUGAAAAAGCAGGGAAAAGAGCAGAGAGAAGGCGAGGGAAGUGGGCCGAAGUUUCUCCAUUCGAGCUUUCCUCACCACAUCCGGGACAAAGCAGCCAGCGGCGACAAACGCUCUUCCAGGAUACAAGCCAGCCAAGUUUUUGAAGGACCUUCCAAGUCAGCUGAUAAUGGAGCGGGGGGACGCCGAAGAUGGCUGAGGAAGACGAAGCGAAAUGUAUCGGACGCCAAAGACAAUGCGCGUAAAUCUGGCGAACCAAGACUAAAAGGCGAAGAAAAAUCCGCGGCAAGACACGAAAAAGAAAACAAAGGAAGCUCCCUCAGAUUCGAAAGGGACGUCGCCAUGCCCACAGAAACCCCUUACAGGAUUUUCACCUUAGAAGGCGGAGGGUGCAGCUUCAGGGGCGGGCGAAGAGGAAGUAAAAGCAAUCAUUCUUGGGCGGAAGAGGAACUGCAGGAGACCGAAGGAGGCCCCGUGCACGUGGUGGAGACGGUGGUUACGGUCUUUGUGAAGGACAUCAACGACAACGCUCCGGUCUUCUCCAACACGACCAUGUUCGCCUCGGUGCAGGAGAACGGCCCUGGGGACCUGCCGGUGGUGAGGAUCUCCGCGUGGGACGCCGACGACGCCUCGGAGGGCACCAACGCGCGCCUCAGCUACUCCAUCGAGAAGAACGUGAUCGAGGAGCGGUCCGGCGAGGCCAUCUUCGCCGUGGAGCCUCACACGGGCGAGGUGCGCACGGCGCUGUGCUGCCUCGACCGCGAGACCACGCCGGAGUACACCAUCCAGGUGGUUGCCACGGACGGCGGCGGGCUCAAGGGAACGGGCACGGUGCUGGUGCGUCUGACGGACGUGAACGACAACUCGCCCCGCCUCGCCCGCCCGCAGUGGGAGCUCAAGGUGCCCGAGACGUGGGGCGCCGCCCCCCCGCCCGACGACACCAUCCUCGAGAUCACGGCGUCCGACCGCGACACUGCCAACCACUUCUUCUACAGGGUGGUGGAGGGCAGCGGGUGGGGGUGGGAGCACUUCGGGCUGCGCACCGCGGGCGGCGCCGGCCAGCUGUUCGCGCGGAAGACGCUCGACUUCGAGGACGAGACGCACCGGCGGGGCUUCCGCUUCAUGGUGCAGGUCACCGACAGGGGUCCAGGGGGCUGGCACGACCCCCGCCACCUGGACUCCGCCUGGGUGUCCGUGCAGCUGGAGGACGUCAACGACAACCCGCCCGCCUUCGCCCGCCCGCGCGCCCACGUGACGGUGCGGGAGGACGCCGCCCCCGGAACGCUGCUGGACACGCUCUCCGCCCACGACCCUGACAUGGGCGGCCUGCAGCAGGUGGACUACCGCGUGGAGGGCGGCUGGGACGCCCUGAGCGUGGGCGCGGACGGCACCGUGAGUCUCCGCCGCGCCCUGGACCGCGAGGCGCCCUCGGGCGGCGAGGGCGUGGCGUGGGUGGUGGCCGUGGACCGCGGGGCGCCGCCCCUGUCCGCCACCGCCACCCUCAGCAUCACGGUGACGGACGUGAACGACUGCGCCCCGCGCCUCUUGCCGCCCACCAGGCUGCACGUGCGGGAGGGCGCGCCGCCCCGCCUGCUGGGGCUGCUCACAGCCACCGACGACGACGUGUGGGCACUGGGCCACGGCCCGCCCUUCGGCCUGGAGCUCGCGCCCUCCAACCCCGCCUACGUCCAGGCGCUGCUCAGGCUCGAGUACAAGCCACAGGCGGACAGCGGGCGCGGCGGCGCCGAGCUGUACACUGUGGGCGCGCUGGACCGCGAGGAGCACCGGCAGCUGGCGGUGGGCGUCGUGGUGCGCGACGCGGGCGGCAUGUCGGCCACGCAGGUCGUCUCGAUCGUCGUCGACGACGUCAACGACAACCGCAUGCGGCCGGCGGCCAAGACGGUCUACCUGUGGAAGACGCAGGGAGGGGGGAGCGACGCCCCCCUGGGCCGCGUGUACGUGGACGACCCCGACGACUGGGACGUGGGCGACAAGACGUGGGCGUGGCUGGGCUCGCCGCACCCGCUCUUCGGGCUGAGUCCCGAGACGGGCGACCUGUUCGCAUCCAGCCACGUCAGGGAGGGACGCUACGAGCUGCAGUUCAGCGUGAGCGACCGCGUGUGGGCGCAGACGGGCGUGCGGGCCAACGUGACGGUGGACGUCCGCCUGCUGAUCCCCGACGCCCUCGCGCACGCUGCUUCCGUCACCUUGGCGCCCACCACGCCCGCGGACCUCACCAGGGGAUGGGCGCCAGGGGAAGGCGGCGGUGGCUUGGGCAGGUUAGUGCAGGCCGUCCAGAGAGUUGUCGGGCAGGACUCCUACACCGUGGAAGUCGUGAGCGUGUACAGCAGUCGCGACCAGGACGAAGCCUACUACACAGCCUACACGCCAACGGACGCUGACCGCAGCCCCAAAUCCUCCGCGCAGGUGGCCCCACGUUUAGACCGCAUCCCCCACAUCCCCCCACUCCCGAGUUCACCCCCUUUCGCCGCGCAGCACCCACGCCAAGACGCAGCGGACAGGACCCCGGCCUCAGUGACCAGCAAGGCCUCUCCCACGCCCGAGUUCCAGGGUCGUCGCGCGCCCUCGACCUGCGUGUGGGUGAGCGCGAGGAAGGGGACCGCGAGCUUCAUGGAUCCGGUCAAGCUGCAGGGGCUUCUGGCGAUUCACUCGCAGAAGUUAGAAAAAGCGACAGGACUCAGAGUCGUUCUUGAAGACGCGAGCUCUGCCGGAGAGGGACUCCUGGCGCCUAAGGACACGGCCCCGGGAUCACAGGACCCUUCUUCAGCGGCGUCCUUGGCCUCAACCGCCCUGCCACUUCAGGUAGUGGAUACCAACUCCACAGCGUUAGUUACCCCACGCCUUUCUCAAGCCCACACGUGCCAGACCCCCGCCCACGAGUCUGAGAUCUGCACGCCCACCUCGUGUCUGAACGGAGGGCGCUGUGUCAGGCUGCAACAAGGCGACAGGUGA